GGAGUAAAAUUAACGCAGCCUCCCGUUCUUCCGUCGCUAUCUUACAGCAUCCAGCAAAUGGGUCGUAGGGUCAAGAAGAGCAGAACCCAGCUGACCUUUCUCAGCUGAGUCCUUUUGAGAAACUGGCAGAGGAGGGUGAAAACCUCGGCAGAGGAGCAGUGCUCCGAGGGACGGAAACGGGUCGCUGCGGGCAGGGAAGGGGGUAGAGGGUAAGGAGUGAAAACGGGGGCCAAACUCGAGCUGAGCGAAGCCAGCGCCCACUGCCUGCAAAAGGGACGAAAUCAGCCAGUAAGGGUGAGGGAAAAGCGGGAAGCAGAGGGGAGGGAAGGAAGUAAGGAAAGAGGAAGGAAAGGCAGCGGACAGAGGAAGAGCAGCUGCAGCUUCUGCGGCCGGCUUAGUAGGAGGAGCAGGAGGGGAAAGAGGAGGAUCCAGAGGCAGUCAGUCAGGCAGCCGGCGGGAGGUGGAGAAAGCCGGCGGUGGCGGCGGCGGAGGAGGAGGAUUAAAGAUGGCCACCAGCAGCUGCGGGAAACAGCAACCCCUCACUUUCCGGAGCGGUCCCUGCGGGUCGGCCCGGCCUUGAUGGAGAGAAGCCCGAGGAGCGCCGAGGCUGAGGCGGCGGCGGCGGCGGGGACCCAGCGAGGAGGAGGGCGCGGGGGAGCAGGGACCCGGGCGGGAGGAGGCGAAGGCGGCGGCGUCGCAGCCCCCGCCGCCUAGCGCCGUGCCCGUCCCGGCGGCCCGGUCCCCGCACCUCGCGGCCGCGGAAUCCGGCCAGGCCAGCGGCCCGGCCCCCGCCGCGGGGCUCCCGGGCCCCGCCGCGCCCGUCGCCAGCGGCCGGAGUCCCGGGCCAGGCCCGCCCGCCUCCGGUAUAAAUACUUCUCCACAUCUGCUUCAGGAAGAAAGUGCCUGCCGCUCCUGUUGUUUCUACGCAGGUUCAUGCCAGCCCAGAGCAGUGAAUCAGAAUUAGAAGUGCUCAUCACCAGCCAGCCAAGAUGAACAUGGUGAAGAGGAUCAUGGGGCGGCCGAGGCAGGAAGAAUGCAGCCCGCAAGACAAUGCCUUAGGACUGAUGCACCUCCGCCGCCUCUUCACCGAGCUGUGCCAUCCUCCCCGUCACAUGACGCAGAAGGAGCAAGAAGAGAAGCUGUACAUGAUGCUGCCGGUGUUUAACAGGGUUUUUGGAAAUGCUCCGCCAAAUACAAUGACAGAAAAAUUUUCUGAUCUUCUGCAGUUCACAACUCAAGUCUCAAGACUGAUGGUGACAGAAAUUCGAAGGAGAGCAUCAAACAAGUCCACAGAAGCUGCAAGUCGGGCCAUAGUCCAGUUCCUAGAAAUCAAUCAGAGUGAAGAAGCCAGUAGAGGUUGGAUGCUUCUGACGACAAUUAAUUUGUUAGCAUCCUCUGGUCAGAAAACCGUGGACUGCAUGACAACGAUGUCAGUGCCUUCCACCCUGGUUAAAUGUCUAUAUCUGUUUUUUGACCUUCCACAUGUGCCUGAGGCAGUUGGAGGUGCACAGAAUGAGCUACCUCUAGCAGAACGUCGUGGACUACUCCAGAAAGUUUUUGUACAGAUUUUAGUGAAACUCUGCAGUUUUGUUUCUCCAGCAGAGGAGCUGGCUCAAAAAGAUGAUCUCCAGCUUUUAUUCAGUGCAAUAACCUCUUGGUGCCCUCCCUAUAACCUGCCUUGGAGAAAGAGUGCUGGAGAAGUCCUUAUGACCAUCUCCCGGCAUGGACUUAGCGUCAAUGUAGUGAAGUAUAUUCAUGAAAAAGAAUGUUUAUCUACAUGUGUUCAGAAUAUGCAGCAAUCAGAUGACCUGUCUCCCCUAGAAAUUGUUGAAAUGUUUGCUGGGCUUUCUUGUUUCCUCAAAGAUUCCAGUGAUGUCUCCCAAACUCUUUUGGAUGAUUUUCGAAUAUGGCAAGGAUAUAAUUUCCUUUGUGAUCUCUUGCUUAGAUUGGAACAAGCAAAAGAGGCAGAAUCCAAAGAUGCCUUGAAAGAUCUGGUUAAUCUGAUAACUUCCCUAACAACAUACGGUGUCAAUGAACUAAAACCAGCUGGUAUUACGACGGGGGCACCCUUUUUAUUGCCUGGAUUUGCAGUACCUCAACCUGCAGGCAAAGGUCACAGUGUGAGAAACAUCCAGGCCUUUGCAGUUCUUCAGAAUGCAUUUUUAAAAGCAAAAACCAACUUCCUUGCCCAAAUCAUCCUUGAUGCUAUCACAAAUAUUUACAUGGCUGACAAUGCCAAUUAUUUCAUCUUAGAGUCACAGCACACAUUGUCACAGUUUGCAGAAAAGAUCUCUAAACUCCCAGAAGUACAAAACAAAUACUUUGAGAUGCUGGAGUUUGUCGUUUUUAGCUUAAAUUAUAUUCCUUGUAAAGAACUUAUUAGUGUUAGCAUCCUCCUAAAAUCUAGCUCUUCUUACCACUGUAGCAUUAUUGCGAUGAAAACACUUCUUAAGUUCACACGACAUGACUACAUAUUCAAAGAUGUAUUCAGGGAGGUGGGCCUUCUGGAGGUCAUGGUAAACCUUUUGCACAAAUAUGCUGCCCUCCUGAAGGAUCCAACUCAGGCACUGAGUGAACAAGGGGACUCAAGAAAUAACAGUUCCAUUGAAGACCAGAAGCACCUGGCUUUGUUGGUGAUGGAGACUCUGACAGCGCUUCUUCAAGGAUCCAACACAAAUGCAGGUAUUUUCCGAGAAUUUGGAGGUGCAAGAUGUGCACAUAAUAUAGUGAAGUACCCUCAGUGCCGGCAGCAUGCCCUGAUGAUCAUCCAGCAGCUGGUGCUCUCUCCCAACGGGGACGAUGACAUGGGCACCCUCCUGGGGCUAAUGCAUUCAGCCCCACCAACAGACCUGCAGUUGAAGACGGAUAUCCUAAGAGCCCUCCUAUCAGUCCUUCGAGAAAGCCAUCGUUCAAGAACAGUUUUUAGGAAAGUUGGAGGAUUUGUGUACAUUACGUCCUUGCUUGUUGCCAUGGAAAGAUCUUUGAGCUCACCACCCAAGAAUGGCUGGGAGAAAGUGAACCAGAAUCAAGUGUUUGAACUUCUCCACACGGUGUUCUGCACAUUGACUGCAGCAAUGCGCUAUGAGCCAGCCAACUCUCAUUUCUUCAAGACAGAGAUUCAGUAUGAGAAGUUGGCAGAUGCUGUUCGAUUUCUUGGCUGCUUUUCAGACCUAAGAAAAAUAAACCCUAUGAAUGUCUUUCCCUCAAAUACACAACCAUUUCAAAGACUUUUAGAGGAAGACACGAUCUCCAUAGACUCGGUGUCACCCACUUUACGGCACUGCAGUAAACUCUUUAUUUAUCUCUACAAAGUUGCCACAGAUACUUUUGACAGUCGUGCAGAACAGAUCCCUCCUUGCCUGACAAGUGAGUCUUCUCUCCCCUCUCCUUGGGGUACACCAGCUUUGUCCAGGAAAAGGCAUGCAUAUCAUUCUGUUUCAACUCCUCCCACUUACCCUCCUAAAAAUGCUACUGACCUGAAACUGCCUGUGGCAACUUCCUCUUUCCCGAGUUCAGAUGCCGUCGUCAUCCACCCUGGAGCCAUGCUCGCUAUGUUGGACCUCCUGGCCUCUGUUGGGUCAGUGACACAGCCUGAACAUGCUUUGGACCUUCAACUUGCUGUGGCAAACAUUUUACAAUCCCUGGUGCACACAGAAAGAAACCAGCAGGUCAUGUGUGAAGCGGGGCUUCAUGCCCGGCUGCUGCAGCGGUGUAGUGCUGCGCUGGCCGAUGAGGACCACUCUCUGCACCCACCCCUCCAGCGGAUGUUUGAGCGAUUAGCCUCUCAGGCUCUGGAGCCCAUGGUACUCAGGGAAUUUUUGCGUUUGGCAAGUCCAUUAAAUUGUGGUGCCUGGGACAAAAAAUUGUUAAAACAAUAUAGGGUCCACAAACCAAGUUCACUGAGUUAUGAGCCAGAGAUGAGAAGUAGUAUGAUCACAUCUGUGGAAGGUCUGGGUUCUGAUAAUGUUUUCAGCUUGCAUGAAGAUAACCAUUACCGGAUAAGCAAGAGCCUGGUAAAAUCUGCAGAAGGAAGUACUGUACCUUUGACCAGGGUAAAGUGUCUGGUCUCCAUGACAACCCCACAUGACAUCAGACUUCAUGGGUCAUCAGUUACUCCAGCUUUUGUUGAGUUUGACACAUCCCUUGAAGGGUUUGGCUGCCUCUUCUUGCCCAGUUUGGCCCCUCAUAACGCCCCUACAAACAAUGCCGUAACAACAGGUCUCACUGAUUGUGCUGUGAUCAGUGGCAUUGGUUCCGGUGAAAGGUUUUUCCCUCCUCCAUCUGGCUUAAGCUAUUCUAGCUGGUUUUGUAUUGAACAUUUUAGUUCUCCCCCAAAUAACCACCCUGUCAGACUUCUUACUGUUGUGCGCCGAGCAAAUUCCUCUGAGCAGCAUUACGUGUGCCUUGCGAUAGUUCUGUCAGCAAAAGACCGAUCUCUGAUUGUUUCCACCAAAGAGGAACUACUCCAAAACUAUGUUGAUGAUUUUAGUGAAGAAUCCUCUUUUUAUGAAAUUCUCCCAUGCUGUGCUCGCUUUCGAUGUGGAGAACUUAUAGUUGAGGGCCAGUGGCAUCAUCUGGUUCUGGUGAUGAGCAAAGGCAUGCUGAAAAACAGUACUGCGGCCCUCUAUAUUGAUGGACAGCUUGUCAGCACUGUGAAGCUUCAUUAUGUUCACAGUACUCCUGGGGGGUCCGGUUCUGCAAAUCCCCCAGUGGUUAGCACAGUCUAUGCGUACAUUGGUACUCCACCUGCCCAACGCCAAAUUGCUUCAUUGGUUUGGCGCCUGGGACCCACACAUUUUCUGGAAGAAGUUUUACCUCCUUCAAAUGUUACUACCAUUUAUGAACUAGGACCAAAUUAUGUUGGGAGCUUUCAGGCUGUAUGUAUGCCAUGUAAGGAUGCAAAAUCCGAAGGUGUCGUCCCAUCUCCUGUGUCAUUAGUACCAGAGGAAAAGGUGUCAUUUGGCCUCUAUACACUCUCUGUGUCUUCCCUGACAGUGGCAAGAAUUCGGAAAGUUUACAACAAAUUGGACAGCAAAGCCAUUGCUAAGCAGUUAGGCAUUUCCUCCCAUGAGAAUGCCACUCCUGUGAAGGUGAUCCACAAUUCAGCAGGACACCUGAGUGGACCUGCCCGGACAGUUGGGGCUACCUUGAUUGGGUACUUGGGAGUAAGAAUAUUUGUCCCCAAGCCUGUUGCCACUACUUUGCAGUACAUUGGUGGUGCUGCAGCCAUCCUGGGCCUGGUGGCCAUGGCCUCCGAUGUGGAAGGGCUGUAUGCAGCUGUCAAGGCCCUGGUUUGUGUGGUCAGGAGUAACCCAUUAGCCAGCAAAGAAAUGGAAAGAAUCAAGGGCUACCAGUUGCUGGCAAUGCUGCUUAAGAAGAAACGCUCCCUUCUUAACAGCCACAUUCUCCAUCUGACUUUUUCCUUGGUGGGAACUGUUGAUAGUGGACAUGAAACCUCCAUUAUUCCAAAUUCAACUGCGUUCCAGGAUCUACUUUGUGAUUUUGAAGGGCUAGACCGGAAAUUUUGGUUAAUAGGAGCUACACAGUUUGGCCAGUUUAUUUCUUCUACUUUACCAACCUUUGCAGUUUGUGAGAAAUUUGUAGUUAUGGAAAUAAAGCACGAAGAGAAGCUUGACACUGGAACUGAAGAAGAAUUCGGAGGUCUUGUAUCUGCUAAUCUUAUACUUUUGAGGAACAGACUUCUAGAUAUCUUGCUAAAACUAGUUUACACAUCUAAAGAAAAGACAAGCAUUAAUUUGCAAGCUUGUGAAGAACUGGUCAAGACCCUGGGUUUUGACUGGAUCACGAUGUUCAUGGAGGAGCACUUGCACCCCACCACAGUCACAGCGGCCGUGAGGGUCCUCGUUGUCCUGCUGAGCAAUCAGUCUGUGCUUAUCAAGUUUAAGGAGGGACUCAGCGGUGGGGGGUGGCUGGAGCAGACGGAUUCUGUCUUAACUAAUAAGAUCGGAACUGUGUUAGGAUUCAAUGUGGGCAGGAGUGCCGGUGGGAGAUCAACGGUCAGGGAGAUUAACCGGGAUGCCUGUCAUUCUCCUGGUUUUCCAGUUCUCCAGUCAUUCCUUCCCAAACACACUAAUGUCCCCGCUCUCUAUUUUCUUCUCAUGGCAUUGUUUCUGCAGCAGCCAGUUAGUGAGCUGCCUGAGAACCUGCAGGUCAGUGUGCCUGUCACCAGCAGCCGAUGUAAGCAGGGUUGCCAGUUUGAUUUAGAUUCCAUUUGGACAUUUAUCUUUGGAGUCCCUGCCUCCUGUGGAACUGUGGUCUCUUCUAUCCACAACGUGUGCACAGAAGCUGCUUUUUUAUUACUGGGAAUGCUCCGCAGCAUGCUCAACUCACCUUGGCAGUCAGAAGAGGAGGGAUCUUGGCUCCGAGAAUACCCGGUGACCCUGAUGCAGUUCUUCAGAUACUUAUAUCACAACGUCCCAGACCUGGCCUCCAUGUGGAUGAGCCCUGAUUUCCUGUGCGCUCUAGCAGCAACCGUCUUCCCCUUCAACAUCCGCCCUUACUCGGAGAUGGUGACUGAUCUCGAUGAUGAAGUAGGAUCUCCAGCAGAAGAAUUUAAAGCCUUUGCAGCAGACACAGGGAUGAACAGGAGCCAGUCAGAGUACUGCAAUGUGGGCGCCAAGACGUAUCUGACCAACCACCCAGCUAAAAAGUUCGUUUUUGAUUUCAUGCGGGUCUUAAUAAUAGACAACCUCUGUCUUACCCCUGCCAGCAAGCAGACUCCACUAAUUGAUCUUUUGUUGGAGGCAUCCCCUGAAAGAUCUACAAGAACUCAGCAAAAAGAAUUUCAGACUUACAUUUUGGAUAGUGUGAUGGAUCAUUUGCUUGCCGCUGAUGUGUUAUUGGGGGAAGAUGCAUCUCUGCCUAUUACCAGUGGGGGAAGCUACCAGGUAUUGGUGAACAAUGUGUUUUAUUUCACACAACGUGUGGUGGACAAGCUUUGGCAAGGCAUGUUCAACAAAGAAUCUAAACUUCUUAUAGAUUUUAUAAUUCAACUAAUUGCACAGUCAAAACGAAGAUCACAGGGACUGUCACUGGAUGCAGUUUACCACUGCCUGAAUAGGACCAUCUUAUACCAGUUCUCUCGGGCACACAAAACUGUUCCACAGCAAGUAGCUCUCCUGGAUUCACUCAGAGUUCUAACUGUAAACAGGAACCUGAUCCUGGGACCCGGGAACCAUGACCAAGAAUUCAUUAGCUGUCUGGCUCACUGCCUUAUUAAUCUACAUGUUGGCAGCAAUGUGGAUGGAUUUGGUCUGGAAGCAGAAGCCCGCAUGACUACAUGGCACAUUAUGAUCCCCUCUGACAUUGAACCAGAUGGUGGUUACAGCCAAGAUAUUAGUGAAGGGCGUCAGCUUCUCAUAAAAGCUGUCAACAGAGUUUGGACUGAACUGAUUCAUAGUAAGAAACAAGUUCUGGAGGAGCUUUUCAAAGUCACUCUACCUGUGAACGAAAGGGGCCACGUGGACAUAGCUAUAGCACGGCCCCUCAUUGAAGAGGCUGGCUUGAAGUGCUGGCAGAAUCAUUUGGCCCAUGAAAAGAAAUGCAUAAGCCGAGGCGAAGCUCUAGUGCCCACCACGCAAUCCAAACUGUCCCGUGUCAGCAGUGGCUUUGGUCUUUCCAAGUUAACAGGAUCAAGAAGGAAUCGAAAGGAAAGUGGUCUUAACAAACACAGUCUUUCCAUCCAGGAGAUUUCUCAGUGGAUGUUUACACAUAUUGCUGUUGUUCGUGACUUAGUAGACACACAAUAUAAGGAAUAUCAGGAGCGCCAGCAGAAUGCCCUGAAGUACGUGACAGAAGAGUGGUGCCAAAUCGAGUACGAGCUCUUGCGGGAGCGAGGGUUGUGGGGUCCCCCCAUCGGUUCCCAUCUAGACAAAUGGAUGUUGGAGAUGACAGAAGGGCCCUGCAGAAUGAGGAAAAAAAUGGUGCGAAAUGAUAUGUUUUAUAACCAUUACCCUUAUGUGCCGGAAACAGAACAAGAGGCGAAUGUGGCGUCUGAGAUCCCAACUAAACAGCCUGAGGCACCCGAUGAUAUCAUUCCUCAAAAGAAACCUGCUCGGUACAGAAGAGCCAUAAGUUAUGACAGUAAAGAAUACUACAUGCGCCUGGCCUCUGGCAAUCCAGCCAUUGUCCAAGAUGCCAUUGUAGAGAGUUCAGAAGGUGAAGCCACUCAGCAAGAACCAGAACAUGGUGAAGACACUAUCGCUAAAGUCAAAGGUCUAGUCAAGCCUCCUCUAAAACGGGCUCGAUCCGCACCUGACGGAGGAGAUGAGGAGAACCAGGAGCAGCUGCAAGAGCAGAUUGCUGAAGGCAGCUCUAUAGAAGAGGAGGAGAAAACAGACAAUGCCACCCUACUGCGCCUGUUGGAGGACGGAGAAAAGAUCCAACACAUGUACCGCUCUGCUCGAGUCCAGGGCCUAGAUACCAGUGAGGGGCUACUUCUUUUUGGUAAAGAGCAUUUUUAUGUGAUUGAUGGAUUUACAAUGACAGCAACCAGGGAAAUAAGAGAUAUUGAAACCUUACCUCCAAAUAUGCAUGAGCCCAUCAUCCCAAGAGGGGCCAGGCAAGGCCCCAGCCAGCUCAGGAGGACAUGCAGCAUUUUUGCAUAUGAAGAUAUCAGGGAAGUACAUAAGAGGAGGUAUCUCCUGCAGCCUAUUGCUGUGGAAGUUUUCUCUGGAGAUGGACGGAAUUACCUCCUUGCCUUUCAGAAAGGAAUUAGAAAUAAAGUUUAUCAAAGGUUUUUGGCUGUAGUGCCUUCUUUGACUGACAGUUCAGAGUCUGUGUCUGGGCAACGACCAAACACAAGUGUGGAGCAGGGAUCUGGGUUGCUUAGCACUUUGGUUGGAGAGAAGUCUGUGACUCAGAGAUGGGAGAGAGGUGAAAUCAGCAACUUCCAGUAUUUAAUGCAUCUGAACACUUUGGCUGGCAGAUCCUAUAAUGAUCUCAUGCAGUACCCUGUCUUCCCCUGGAUCCUUGCAGAUUAUGACUCAGAGGAGGUAGACCUUACUAAUCCCAAAACAUUUAGAAACCUGGCUAAGCCAAUGGGAGCACAGACGGAUGAACGAUUAGCUCAGUAUAAGAAACGGUAUAAAGAUUGGGAAGACCCUAAUGGAGAAACACCAGCUUACCACUAUGGGACCCACUAUUCAUCUGCAAUGAUUGUGGCUUCAUACCUAGUAAGGAUGGAACCUUUCACACAGAUAUUCUUAAGGCUACAGGGAGGCCACUUUGACCUGGCUGACCGGAUGUUUCACAGUGUGCGUGAGGCCUGGUAUUCAGCAUCAAAGCACAACAUGGCAGACGUAAAAGAACUUAUCCCAGAAUUUUUUUAUUUGCCAGAAUUCCUGUUCAAUUCCAACAACUUUGAUCUAGGCUGUAAACAAAAUGGCACCAAGCUUGGAGAUGUCAUCCUCCCACCUUGGGCAAAAGGAGACCCACGAGAAUUCAUCAGAGUCCACCGCGAGGCUUUGGAAUGUGAUUAUGUGAGUGCCCAUUUGCAUGAGUGGAUUGACUUAAUCUUUGGCUAUAAACAGCAAGGCCCUGCUGCAGUAGAAGCUGUAAAUGUCUUCCAUCAUCUUUUUUAUGAGGGUCAAGUGGAUAUCUACAACAUAAAUGACCCACUAAAGGAGACAGCCACCAUAGGGUUCAUUAAUAACUUUGGUCAGAUCCCUAAACAGUUAUUUAAAAAGCCUCACCCACCAAAGCGAGUAAGGAGUCGACUCAACGGAGACAAUGCAGGAGUCUCUGUCCUGCCAGGAUCUACAAGUGACAAGAUCUUUUUCCAUCAUCUAGACAACUUGAGGCCUUCUCUCACACCUGUCAAGGAGCUCAAAGAGCCUGUGGGACAGAUAGUGUGCACAGACAAAGGCAUUCUUGCAGUCGAACAGAAUAAGGUUCUCAUCCCACCAACCUGGAACAAAACUUUGGCUUGGGGCUAUGCAGACCUCAGCUGCCGGCUGGGAACCUACGAGUCAGACAAGGCAGUGGUUGUUUACGAAUGUUUGUCUGAGUGGGGCCAGAUUCUCUGUGCAAUCUGCCCCAACCCCAAAUUGGUCAUCACGGGUGGAACAAGCACAGUGGUGUGUGUGUGGGAGAUGGGCACCUCCAAGGAGAAGGCGAAGGCCCUCACCCUCAAACAGGCCUUACUUGGCCACACUGACACUGUCACCUGUGCCACAGCAUCGUUAGCCUAUCACAUAAUCGUCAGCGGGUCUCGUGACCGAACCUGUAUCAUUUGGGAUCUGAACAAACUGUCGUUUCUAACCCAGCUCCGAGGCCACCGAGCUCCAGUUUCUGCUCUUUGUAUCAAUGAAUUAACAGGGGACAUUGUGUCCUGUGCUGGCACUUACAUCCAUGUGUGGAGCAUCAAUGGGAACCCUAUCGUGAGUGUAAACACAUUCACAGGUAGGAGCCAACAGAUCAUCUGCUGCUGUGUGUCAGAGAUGAACGAAUGGGAUACGCAGAACGUCAUAGUAACAGGACACUCAGAUGGCGUGGUCCGGUUUUGGAGAAUGGAAUUUUUGCAAGUUCCUGAAACACCAGCUCCCGAGCCUGUUGAAGUCCUAGAAAUGCAGGAAGACUGUCCAGAAGCACAAAUAGGGCACGAAGCCCAGGACGAGGACAGCAGCGAUUCAGAAGCAGAUGAGCAGAGCAUUAUCCAGGAUCCCAAGGAGACACCCAGCCAGCCCAGCAGCACCAGCCACAGGCCCCGGGCAGCCUCUUGCCGAGCAACAGCCGUCUGGUGUACUGACAGUGGCUCUGAUGACUCCAGGCGCUGGUCUGACCAGCUCAGUCUGGAUGAGAAAGACGGCUUCAUAUUCGUGAACUAUUCAGAGGGCCAGACCAGAGCCCAUCUGCAGGGUCCCCUUAGCCACCCCCACCUCAGUCCCAUUGAAGUGCGGAAUUACAGCCGAUUGAAGCCUGGGUACCGGUGGGAGCGUCAGCUGGUGUUCAGGAGCAAGCUCACUAUGCACACCGCCUUCGAUCGGAAGGACAACGCACACCCGGCAGAGAUCACCGCCCUGGGCGUCUCCAAGGAUCACAGUAGGAUCCUGGUUGGUGACAGUCGAGGCCGAGUUUUCAGCUGGUCUGUGAGUGACCAGCCGGGCCGUUCUGCCGCUGACCACUGGGUGAAGGAUGAAGGCGGCGACAGCUGUUCGGGCUGUUCGGUGCGCUUUUCUCUGACAGAAAGACGGCACCAUUGCAGGAACUGCGGGCAGCUCUUCUGCCAGAAGUGCAGUCGGUUCCAAUCAGAAAUCAAACGCUUGAAAAUCUCAUCCCCAGUACGUGUUUGUCAGAACUGUUACUACAACUUACAGCACGAGAGGGGUUCUUCUGAAGAUGGGCCUCGGAAUUGCUGAAGUCAGCAGGCUGAUGGGAGACCGUGGUCUGUAGACGCCCUUCCUGAUUCCCUGUCACUGCUCAGCGCGGAAGGCAUCAGAACAGGCUCUGUUUACACAUCUCUUCAUACCACGUGUGUGAAGGAUUGAUUUCAAAGGGAUCAUUGAAUAAACAGGUGUAGAGUACAGUAGAGGGGCAGACACUAUUCAGGUGAACAGCACAAGAAGAAUAUGAGGUGGUUUGUAGGAGCAACAUUUUCAAUUUCUGAUUCUCCCUGUUAACAAUUGCUGUCUCCAAGAGAAAAUCCUCACUUAUUAACUGUCUUUUCUUGCGUCUCAUUUUUGUAGAGCUACUCAUCCUUAUUUGGAAAAACCAACAACAGCAAAAAGAGGCUUUUAGAAAAUGGUUGUAAAUCUGACUUCUUUGCAAGUAACUGUAUAUUGUAAAUAGGUGUAAAGGCCUUUUUUUCUAAAUAAGGACUUAAUUGCUUGUAACAUGAGACUUCAAACUAAACCACUAACUCAGUGAACUACUUAUGGUUUGUCUGACAUCGCUCACCAAUUGAUUAUAAAUAUGUUUUUUUAAAUCCUCAAA